UUUCUGCUGCGCGGCAGUCGGGCGCUUCCCUCCACGCUGAGCAGCGAGGCGGCGAUCGCUCCUCCAACCUCCCGGAGCUGCGGGCCCGCAAGACCCUCCAGCCUCCGUACUCCACCGCCCCCUCGGCGCGGCCCUAUAGCGCUGCCCCAGUUGCCCUCUUCAGAAUGAUUCCCUGCAGAGCAGCCCUGUCUUUUGCACGAUGUCUGAUCCGGAGAAAAGUCGUCCCUCUGGACAGUCUAGAAGACUCCAAAUUAUGCCGCUGCUUAUCCACCAUGGACCUCAUUGCCCUAGGGGUUGGAAGCACCCUUGGAGCUGGGGUUUACGUUCUCGCUGGGGAAGUUGCCAAAGCAGAUUCUGGUCCCAGUAUCGUCGUUUCCUUCCUCAUCGCUGCGCUGGCUUCGGUGAUGGCGGGACUCUGCUAUGCCGAAUUUGGGGCCCGAGUUCCCAAGACUGGGUCUGCGUAUUUAUACACUUACGUCACGGUCGGAGAGCUGUGGGCCUUCAUCACUGGCUGGAAUCUCAUUUUAUCUUAUGUGAUAGGUACAUCAAGUGUUGCAAGAGCAUGGAGUGGCACCUUCGAUGAACUUCUGAGCAAACAGAUUGGUCAGUUUUUCAAGACGUACUUCAAAAUGAAUUACACUGGCUUUGCAGAGUAUCCAGACUUUUUUGCUGUGUGCCUCAUAUUACUUCUGGCAGGUCUUUUGUCUUUUGGAGUAAAAGAGUCUGCUUGGGUGAAUAAAGUCUUUACAGCUAUUAAUAUCCUGGUCCUUCUUUUUGUUAUGGUUGCCGGGUUCGUGAAAGGAAAUGUGGCAAACUGGAAGAUUAGUGAAGAGUUUCUCAAAAAUAUAUCGGCACAUGCCAGAGAGCCGCCUUCUGAAAACGGAACAAGUAUCUAUGGAGCCGGUGGCUUUAUGCCUUACGGCUUUGCAGGAACUUUGGCUGGUGCUGCAACCUGCUUCUAUGCAUUUGUGGGAUUUGACUGUAUUGCAACGACUGGUGAAGAAGUACGGAAUCCCCAGAAAGCUAUACCUAUUGGAAUUGUGACAUCUUUGCUCGUUUGCUUCAUGGCCUACUUUGGGGUCUCUGCGGCUCUGACACUUAUGAUGCCAUACUACCUCCUGGAUGAAAAGAGCCCCCUCCCUGUCGCGUUUGAAUAUGUCGGAUGGGGUCCUGCCAAAUACGUUGUUGCCGCAGGCUCCCUCUGUGCUUUGUCAACAAGUCUUCUUGGAUCCAUUUUCCCUAUGCCUCGUGUAAUCUAUGCUAUGGCGGAGGAUGGGUUGCUUUUCAAAUGUCUAGCUCAAAUCAAUUCCAAAACGAAGACACCAUUAAUUGCUACUUUAUCGUCGGGUGCAGUGGCAGCUGUGAUGGCAUUUCUGUUUGACCUGAAGGCACUUGUGGACAUGAUGUCCAUCGGCACUCUGCUGGCUUACUCUCUGGUCGCAGCCUGUGUUCUCAUCCUCAGGUACCAGCCUGGCUUAUCUUACAAGCAACCCAAAUAUUCCCCUGAGAGAGAAGCUCUGAGACCCUGUGCCGGUACCGCCUCCAAAACUGAGUCCCCGGUCGCUGUGCUGCAAGGACAGGGAUUCAGCCUGCGGAUCCUGUUCAGCCCCUCGGCUCUGCCUACUCAACAGUCAGCUUCUCUUGUGAGCUUUCUGGUAGGACUCCUGGCCUUUCUCAUUUUGGGCCUGAGUAUUUUGACCACCCACGGAGUUCGUGCCCUUGCCAGGCUGGAGGACUGGGUCCUGGCUCUUGUUGUGCUGCUAAUUGCUCUCUGCAUUGCCAUCAUUCUCACCAUUUGGAGGCAGCCCCAGAAUCAGCAAAAAGUAGCCUUUAUGGUUCCCUUCCUACCAUUUUUGCCAGCAUUCAGCAUCCUGGUGAACAUUUACUUGAUGGUCCAGUUGAGUGCAGACACGUGGAUCAGAUUUAGCAUUUGGAUGGCACUUGGUUUCCUGAUUUACUUUGGUUAUGGCAUUAGACACAGCCUGGAGGGUCAUUCACAAGAGGAUGAAGAUGAUGAUGAUGCUUACUCAGACAGUAUUAAUGCGUCAACAGAAGAAAAAUCUGCCAUUCAAGCAAAUGACCAUCAUCAAAGGAACCUCAGUUUACCUUUCAUAUUCCAUGAAAAGACAAGUGAAUGCUGAAGCCUGUAGGAGCAAAGCUGGUCCACAGUCAGUGUACAUAUCCUACACGUAGUAAACCAUGACAGGAUGUCAUCAUCAUGUGAAGUCGUCACGUGUUUGCUGCAGAGAUAGUUCACCCUAAUUUAUACUUACUCAUCUGGACAGCACCUCCUCAGAUGGUGAAAUAUGUGCCUGGGAAACCUUCUCCUGAGCUCUGUCUUUAGUAAUGAGUGUGUGUGUAUGUGUGUGUAUGUAGACGUUGGGGAAUAUGAAUGUUAAAAGUUGGUGUUUUCCACUUUGUCUAGUUUAUGGAUGGAUGUGUAGAAAAGUAGGGGAAGGAAACAAACAGACAA